CUUGUGCAAACUGAGGACCCGGGACAGUUUCCCUAAAUUUAAGAAGGCAACUAGGAAAGUUUGGUAUAUAUGCACUUUCACCUAAACAAGUAGUUGACAAAUAUGUGUGUGUGUGUGGAAUAUAUCUCACCUUCCUGGCUAUCAUCCUAUCUCUAUCUCUUCCUUCCACUCGAUCAAACACACAACCAAAAACAAAAGUAGCCAAGUAAAAAUAGAAGAUGCCAGACACCAUCGUCCUCCUCCCAGCUCCAGACAUGGGGCACAUCAUCUCCAUGGUUGAGCUCGGCAAGCUCAUCCUCCACCACUACGCUCACAAAUUCUCCAUCACCAUCCUCAUCACCACCGGUUCCAUUAUGGACAGUCCAGGCGUCACCUCCUACAUCCACCGUGUCUCCCAAUGCACACCCUCCAUCUCCUUCCAUCGCUUACCCUCUGUCUCCGUAGACACCACCCCAACUCGCAGCCGCGCCGCCAUAGCGUUCGAGCAUAUCCGCCUCAGCUUAGCCCAUGCCACAGAUUCACUCCAACAAAUCUCCUCCUCAUCCACCAUUCGUGCCCUUAUCAUCGACCUUUUCUGCACCUCUGCUCUUCCCACAGCAAAAAAUCUCAACCUUCCUGUUUAUUAUUUCCACACUUCUGGUGCUUAUGCUCUCGCUGCCUUCUUAUACUUCCCCAAGAUUCACGAGGAAACCACCAAGAGCUUCAAGGACCUCACCACCACCGAGCUUCACUUCCCAGGAAUAUCGUCACCGUUGAAAGCGACACAGAUGCUUGAACCGACUCUCGAUCGUGACGACCCUGCCUAUUGGGACAUGCUCUAUUUCUGUUCACAUCUUCCAAAAUCAAAUGGGAUUAUAGCUAACACGUUUGAGGACCUGGAGCCCAAAGCCUUAAAGGCCAUUGCUGAUGGCGUGUGCGUUCCUGAUUCGACAACUCCGCCUGUUUAUUGUAUAGGUCCUUUGAUUGCAGAUGCAGAGGAGCGAGCAGGUGAAGAUGGAAAUGAAUGUUUGUCAUGGCUUGACAGCCAACCGAGUGGAAGUGUUGUUUUCUUGUGCUUUGGGAGCCGAGGAUCGUUCUCGGUGGUACAAGUGAAAGAGAUUGCCCAUGGGUUGGAAAGGAGUGGGCAGAGAUUCUUGUGGGUGGUGAAAAAGCCGCCACGCGAUGAGAAAACCAAGCAGGCUGAGAAUUUUACUGCGGAGUUCGAUUUGGAAGGUCUGUUGCCAGAAGGGUUCCUUGAGAGAACCAAAGAUAGGGGCAUGGUGGUGAAGACGUGGGCACCCCAAGUGGGUGUGCUUAGAAAAGAAUCAGUUGGUGGGUUCGUGACUCACUGUGGGUGGAACUCGGUGUUGGAGGCGGUGGUUGCAGGAGUGCCGAUGGUGGCUUGGCCGCUCUAUGCCGAGCAGCACCUGAACAGGAACGUUUUGGUGAAUGAUAUGAAGAUGGCUAUUGAGUUGGAGCAGAGGGAGGAGGAUGGGUUUGUGAGUGGGGAUGAGUUGGAGAGAAGGGUUAGGGAAUUGAUGGAGUCUGAACAAGGGAGAGAGCUUAGGGAAAAAAGCAGGAAGAUGAAAGAAAUGGCUUUGGCUGCUUUGGGAUCAGCAUCUGGUUCAUCUACCAGAGCCCUGGCUAAGUUCGUUGAAGCACUGUAAUUGAGUGGGGUUGGGAUGUGGAUUGACGUUGAUUGAUGAGAUGGAGUGGCUUUUGGUUUUUACAUUUUUAUGUGGAUGAGUUUGGUUGGAAACCUGAGAGAAAGUGUUUGAUUAAUGAUGACCCUCUGAAUGGGAUGCUAUUGUAGAGAGUGGACUAAAGAAUUGGAGGAGUAAAGGCUUGAAUGCUGUAUUACUUGACUUCUUUUGAGUGCUUUAGUUUACAAUCUCUGGAAGGAGAUAAGUAAUUGAAGGCAUGGGAAUCAAUUGCAAACCGAGGAAGAGCUUAUCCAAUGGCAAAUUUCAGACAAGUAUGGAAAUAUCUAGUGUGUUGGGGCUGCUGUUUUGGUUGAAGGUAUCUUCUGAAGUUGCUGCAGAUGUAGAGCAUUGUUGGAGCUUUUGUGGAGUAAAAUAGGUAGAUUGGCAUUGGGCUGCUUGUUCUUUUUGUGCGUCGGGUUUCAAUUAUUGGCUGGAGGUACAGAGGCUGUCAGAUACUGCUUCUUUUUGAUAUAGCUAGUGCUGAGUUUUUCCAGAUUUUCUGUUUUCUGGGAAUUGACUUUUAUAGUUGCUGUAUAGUUUGGAUAUUCCUGAAUGAAUGCAUAGUUUAGCGUUUAGGAGACAUGUUGGUGUUUCUUGAAAGUUUCUGGCUAAAAACUGCUAGAAUACUCAUUGUCCAUUUACUCAUUCAUAAAAAUAACGAAGUAUUGAAAGUCGGUUUUGGUAA